ACUAUAGCCGAUGGUGUACGAAAAUAAGAAACGGUUACAGCGCAUAUGCCUAGAAUUGAUACCGGUUAUAUUACCGUUCUCUGCCCUUCAAAUGACACUGCUUUUGGAAUAAGCGUAGCGUUCACAUUGUUGUUUCAUUUGCACAGAAGACUACGACAUGAGCAAAAUUGGGAUUAACGGAUUUGGCCGCAUUGGCCGUCUUGUACUUAGAGCUUCGCUUGAGCGCGGUGCCCAGGUUGUGGCCAUUAAUGAUCCCUUCAUUGGUUUGGAUUAUAUGGUAUAUAUGUUCAAAUAUGACUCCACUCAUGGAAGAUUCAAGGGAGAAAUAAAAGCUGAAGAUGGCUGCUUAGUUGUCAAUGGUAAUAAAAUUGCUGUGUUCAGUGAGCGUGAUCCAAAAGCUAUUCCAUGGGGAAAAGCUGGAGCAGAAUACGUCGUAGAAUCCACUGGUGUCUUUACUACAAUAGAUAAAGCUUCUGCUCAUUUGGAAGGUGGUGCAAAGAAAGUUAUUAUUUCUGCACCAUCAGCUGAUGCACCUAUGUUUGUUGUCGGUGUUAAUUUAGAUGCUUAUGACCCAAGUUAUAAAGUUAUUUCUAAUGCUUCUUGCACUACUAAUUGUCUAGCACCUCUUGCUAAAGUUAUUCAUGACAAUUUUGAAAUCGUUGAGGGUCUUAUGACUACUGUGCAUGCUAUUACUGCUACUCAAAAAACUGUUGACGGACCUUCUGGAAAGUUGUGGCGUGACGGUCGUGGUGCUGCACAAAAUAUUAUUCCCGCUGCAACUGGAGCAGCUAAAGCUGUUGGCAAAGUUAUUCCAGCUCUUAAUGGAAAAUUGACUGGUAUGGCAUUCCGUGUACCGGUACAUAAUGUGUCAGUUGUUGAUUUAACGGUUAGACUUGCCAAACCUGCAAGCUAUGAUGCUAUUAAAGCUAAAGUAAAGGAAGCUGCUGAAGGGCCGUUGAAGGGAAUUUUGGGAUAUACGGAAGAUGAGUUAGUAUCUUCCGAUUUUAUUGGUGAUAACCAUUCCAGUAUUUUUGAUGCUAAAGCCGGUAUAUCUUUGAAUGAUAACUUUGUCAAGUUAAUUUCAUGGUACGAUAAUGAAUUUGGUUAUUCUAACCGCGUAAUUGAUUUAAUUAAAUACGUACAAACGAAAGACAACUAAAAUUUUACGUCUAUUUAUAUGUAACAACUCGUAAAUUGUUCUAUAUGAUAAUGUUAUAUGAAUAUAUCGUUAUUGUAUGGAUAUUUCAAAUUAAAUAUCAGUAGAAAAUCCAACCAACUGAAUAAACUGAAAUUAAGAAUAUUUUUAGUAAAAGUAAAGUUUUUUUCCGCACAUAAUAAAUAGUUGCAACUAAUAAUACAUAGGUAUUGAUUAUCAAAACAAGUACAAAAGAAAACAGAUUUUAGGAUUUGUCACGUUACGGAUUACAUAAUUUGAAUUUUUGUCUA